AUGAACGGCGCGGUGGUCAUCUUCCUGGACCAGGAGGACAAGGUGAUCAAGUCAUCGAGGCGGGCAUCACCCAGAGAGCUGUCCAGACACGGGAAAGUAGUCUCUCCUGUUAAAAAGAUCCUGUCUGGAUGUAAAUCUCCGUUGCUGAAGCACGUAGUGUCUCACCGCAGACAGCUGUAUAUGAUACUGAACCAUCGGGAUGAGGAGCUUAACCUCCGCUUCCAUGUCAAGGUGGAUGCCCAGCGUCCGGGGGGGCUGCUGCCCCGGUGCCGGCUGCCACCUCCGAGCAGCCGAUGCCCAAUCUGCGUGCUGCACGGCGGCGUGGCGAUGCCGUGUCUGACCAGACACACCAGGUCUACUGGCUCAGAUACAGAGGAAGAUGGUCUGACUCUCUGCACUCUGGUUGUUGAAGAAGCAGCUGAUCAACGGGAGCAGACUGGACAUCUGCAGCGGGGUGCCCGGGUUGCCGGCAGCCAAUCCGGGACUCUGAGCCUGCAGCAGCUGGUGGAGGCAGCAGGGCCUGAACUAUUGGGGGCCGGGGCUCUGGGCUCUCUCCUGGGAAUGACAUCUAUCCGGGUCACACAAAGACUCCUGAACCUAUGGAUACAAAGACUGAGUGGGAGAGAGAGGAGACUCCUCAUGGAGUACAGCGGGGGAGAGGCUAGGCCAGAUCCCACGGACCCGUUCCCAGAGGUCUACCUGAGCCUAGGGCCACGACUCCAGGCUGAAGGAGAAAUCAUCUCAAGAGAUUCUGUCAGGUUGGUGGGAGGAGCCAGUCACUGUGGAGGAACACUGGAGGUGAAACAUGAAGGAGAAUGGAGACCAGUGUGCUCUAGCUCUCCCUGGUACCUAAAGGAAGCAGCAGACUCUGUCAGGCUGGUGAAUGGGACCAGUCUGUGCUCAGGCAGACUGGAGGUGAACACUAACCAGUCUACCCAGCGCUGGUCCUCAGUGUGUGAAGAUGACUUUGACCAGCAGGAUGCAGAGGUGGUCUGUAGGGAGCUUGGCUGUGGGGCUCCUUCAGUCCUCCAGGGGGCGCUCUAUGGAGAAGUGGAGCCUCCAAUGAGGACCAAAGAGUUCCAGUGUGGAGGCCAUGAGUCUGCUCUCCUGAACUGUAGAAGCUCAGGCUCAGAUAGAAACACCUGCUCACCUGGAAAAGCUGUUGGACUCACCUGCUCAGAGUCUGUCAGGUUGGUUGCAGGAGACAGUCGCUGUGCAGGAACACUGGAAGUGAAACAUAACGGAGAAUGGAGACCAGUGAGUUACAAGCACUCUGGCUGGACCCUGAAGACAGCAGCUGCAGCCUGCAGAGAGUCAGACUGUGGCUCUGCUGUUUCUGUAAGAAAGAGAGAGUCCUCAGACAGAUCUAUGUGGUGGAUCAUGUAUGAGUGUGUUCAUUCUGGAUCUGCUUUGAGGGAGUGUGCAGCAUCAGCUUCCUCUGACUCCAUGGUGGAUCUUACCUGUUCAGACUCUGUCAGGCUGGUGAAUGGGACCAGUCUGUGCUCAGGCAGACUGGAGGUGAACACUAACCAGUCUACCCAGCGCUGGUCCUCAGUGUGUGAAGAUGACUUUGACCAGCAGGAUGCAGAGGUGGUCUGUAGGGAGCUUGGCUGUGGGGCUCCUUCAGUCCUCCAGGGGGCGCUCUAUGGAGAAGUGGAGCCUCCAAUGAGGACCAAAGAGUUCCAGUGUGGAGGCCAUGAGUCUGCUCUCCUGGACUGUAGAAGCUCAGGCUCAGAUAGAAACACCUGCUCACCUGGAAAAGCUGUUGUACUCACCUGCUCAGAGCCUGCUGCCCUCAGGUUGGUGCAAGGAGCCAGUCGCUGUGCAGGAACACUAGAGCUGAAGCAUCAGGGAGAAUGGAGACAAGUGAGUUUCUCUUACUGGACCCUGAAGACAGCAGAUGCUGCCUGCAGAGAGUCAGACUGUGGCUCUGCUGUUUCUUUAAGAAGAAAAGAGUCCUCAGACAGAUCUGUGUUGAGGAUCUGGUCUGAAUGUGCUCAGUCUGGAUCUGCUUUGAGGGAGUGUGCAUCACUAGCUUCCUCUCACUUCAUCGUGGAUCUCACCUGCUCAGACUCUGUCAGGCUGGUGAAUGGGACCAAUCUGUGCUCAGGCAGACUGGAGGUGAAGACUAACCAGUCUACCCAGCGCUGGUCCUCAGUGUGUGAAGAUGACUUUGACCAGCAGGAUGCAGAGGUGGUCUGUAGGGAGCUUGGCUGUGGGGCUCCUUCAGUCCUUCAGGGGGCGCUCUAUGGAGAAUUGGAGGCUCCAAUGAGGACCAAAGAGUUCCAGUGUGGAGGCCAUGAGUCUGCUCUCCUGGACUGUAGAAGCUCAGGCUCAGAUAGAAACACCUGCUCACCUGGAAAAGCUGUGGGACUCACCUGCUCAGAGGCUGAUGCUGUCAGGUUGGUGGGAGGACACAGUCGCUGUGCAGGAACAUUGGAGGUGAAACAGGGAGAAUGGAGACCAGUGAUUUACUUUGACUCUGACUGGACCCUGAAGACAGCAGCUGGUUUCUGCAAAGAGUUGGACUGUGGCUCUGCUGUUUCUGUAGGAAAGAGAGAAGAGUUCACCCGCAGAUCAGUGUGGGGGAUCAGCUCUGUCUGUGUUGAGUCUGGAUCUCCUCUGAGGGAGUGUGCAGAAUCAGCAUCCUUUAAGUCCUUCCUCAAUCUCACCUGCUCAGACUCUGUCAGGCUGGUGAAUGGGACCAGUCUGUGCUCAGGCAGACUGGAGGUGAAGAUUUACCAGUCUACCCAGCGCUGGUCCUCAGUGUGUGAAGAUGACUUUGACCAGCAGGAUGCAGAGGUGGUCUGUAGGGAGCUUGGCUGUGGGGCUCCCUCAGUCUUCCAGGGGGAACUCUAUGGAGAAGUGGAGCCUCCAAUGAGGACCAAAGAGUUCCAGUGUGGAGGCCAUGAGUCUGCUCUCCUGGACUGUAGAAGCUCAGGCUCAGAUACAAAAACCUGCUCACCUGGAAAAGCUGUUGGACUCAUCUGCUCAGAGUCUGUCAGGUUGGUGGGAGGAGACAGUCACUGUGCAGGAACACUAGAGCUAAAACAUAAUGGAGAAUGGAGAGCAGUGAUUGGCUUGAUUGAUUCUGGCUCGACACUGAAGAUAGCAGCUGCUGCCUGCAGACAGUUGGACUGUGGCUCUGCUGUUUCUGUAGGACAGAGAGAAGAGUCCUCUGACAGAUCUGUGUGGAGGAUCUGGUCUGACUGUGUUCAGUCUGAAACUGCUCUGAGGGAGUGUGCUGCAUCAGAGUUAUCUUCCUUAAUACCAAAUCUCACCUGCUCAGACCUGCUGCUUCAGCCCAACAUCUCUGUGUCCUCCUCCAUGGUCGGGGCCUCAGAGGAGGACCAGCAGGAAGGGUUCCAGGUGUUCUGGGGCUCCAACUUCACCAUCAGCUGCUCCAUCCAGCCACAGUACCCAGGAGGCUCCUUCCAGCUCACCUUCACCUCCUCCAACUCAGCACACAACUACACCCAGCCAGCUGUCAAUCACUCUGCCCACUUCCUGUUUCCUGCUGCAGAGCCCGCCCACCAAGGAAGCUACAGUUGUGUUUAUCACCUCUAUGUUUUCUCUCAUAACUUCUCCUCUGAGAGCCAUGUGCUCUCUCUCAGCGUCAUGGAUAGUGACCAAACUCAUACAAAGUGUAAAAAUGGUAACAGCUUAGAAUUAACUGAAGGACAGAGCAUGUUUGGUUACGAGGAUAACUCUGGUUGUCUGAGAACUGAACGAGGUGUUUCACUAUAA